CAUCCUUCUACCACACAUCAAGAGAGAGAGAGAUAGAUUAAGAGGAAAACAAACUCUUUGGAGCUAAGGUUGCAUCCUUUCAAGCAUUCAAAUGGAUAAUGGAGAAUGCAAGUUUCAACUUUUCGACAUCUGCUACCGUCUUUUCCAUUUCCUUAUGAAAAUCCUAUCAUCUAAAGCCCAAGAAACUGUUACUCUUGGAGGCUCAAGGUCGUCUGAAUCGAAUGCUUCAACUCUAGAGGUUGGUUUGUGCAGUCAUCAUGAUGAAAAUCAAGACAAUUCGAGUCAAGAAUCCACGGCUAAGUUGAAUUCAGAUCAUCCUAUUUCGUCUCUUACAAAUGAUCAUCAAGAAGGACGAAAGGAGCUCCAUUCCAUUGAAGAAAAUGGUUCUCCACGUAUUGAAGAUAAGAAUGAUUCGAAUGGCAAUGCUACACAAAAAGUAGAAGAGGAGGGGGUACCAUUACCUUCUGCAACAAAAGGACCUCCAAAGAAAAUUGUUAGUAUCAAAGAAACCGUUGAGGAUAUAAAUUCUAUUAUGCUGCAAAGGAGGAAGAGCAAAGGAACCAAGAAGUCGAAAUCCUUCGAUUUCGAUAAUGGAUAUGAUGGUUCUUUAAAGCCUUCUCGGUCGAUUCUCAAGGUGGGCUCUAAUAUAAACGACAAAUCGGAUAUGUUAAACUCUUUGAAUUGUGUCGAGUAGAGCUAAUAGAUGUGAAAGUUGUAAUUUGCAAGUAACAUGGGAUCAUAUGAAGCAAUGACAUUCAUUGUUUAUGUAAAAGAAAACACAUUGUUGAUUGUUUCGAGAGAGAGAAUACCAUAAUAUUAAGAAAAUAGAAUAAAUUUGAUGGAGAA